GGGGAAGCUUCACGUUUGCCGACAAGAAGUCGUUCUCGUUCCGGGACAGGAGUAAGCCCACUCCUCGGGCUGAUCUUCCGGGACAGCGGGUCUGACCAUGCCUGAGGAGGUGUAGAGGGCCUGGCCCUGGGACUGCCCAAGCAGGAGUGCCCGCCCUCCUCAAGAGCCCCGGUGAUCGCAGGCCGCAGCCGCAACCUUGGCGGUCGGCCUAGAAGGGCGUAACCGGGCUGGAGUGGGGAGGGAGGGAAAGGCCGCACAAUUUAAGAGUUAGAAGAGAAUAGGGUGGAGGGGGAAACCUGGCAACGCGGUACUGGGAGACCAAAGAUAGCAUCAUCUACGCAUGCUCCCAGGCCGGAGUGCCAUUGGCUAGUCCUUCUUAAGCGGAUUUCCGGACUGCACCCAACCAACCAAUUGUAUUGUACUUUAUUAACUUGAUUUCCUUUACAAUUGUAGUUAAGGGUUCUUCUUGUUGGGGAAUGGCUUUGCCUAGUGCUAUUAGACACGUGGUAGGUUCAGCUUGUCUUAUUUCAUUUCUCUAAUGGCAUUGCUUUAGUGCACUGAGAAACCGAGUCAGCAAAGAUUGCGAAUCACCUAGGACUAGGAGUGGAAUAGAAAAGCAGCGGGAGCCUCCGGCCUCCAGUCCCGAUACUGUAUUGUUUCUGUUUGCGUAGAUUGUGGGACGGCACCUCGGGGGAAUGUGAUUUCAGAGUCUCGAAUUGUAGGGGGCCACGAAUCUCAGAUUGGAGCUUGGCCAUGGAUAGUUAGCCUGCAGUUUAUAAAAGUUGUAAACAAAUCCGUUCAUUUGUGUGGGGGAUCAAUCAUUAAGGAAACGUGGAUCCUCACAGCAGCCCACUGCUUUAAACUUUCUAGGAUGCUCUUCACUGUUCUGGGGCUUGAUGCAACUAGCACUAUGUCAUCUGCAAACAGGAACAUCUGGAAGACCUUGCCAUCCACAGGGGAUCAUACUUGGACUCAACACUGAAUCUUCUGCAUUGCAGUGUGAAUAUUUUGGCUGAUUGGACCUGACUGUAAACAGCCCGAGAGCUGGGCCCUGACAGACGGGGGGAGCCCUCUGCCCCAGCCUGGACUCAUGGCGGUCCUGGUCUCCCUGCUGCAGCUGGCCGUCUCCCUCUCCGUCUUCCCCAUCCAUCUGCUCCAUUUCUUGGGCCUGUGGGACUGGAUCUGCAAAAGGUUCUUCCCUUACUUCAUGGUGAGGUUCACGGAGAGCUACAACAAGGAGAUGGCGGCCAAGAAGCGGGAGCUCUUCGGCAGCCUGCAGCAGUUCGCGGGGCCCUCCGGGAAGCUGACCCUGAUGGAGAUUGGCUGUGGCACCGGAGCCAACUUCAAGUUCUACCCGGAAGGGUGCCGCGUCACCUGCAUCGACCCCAACCCCAACUUCGAGAAGUUCCUCAUCAGCAGCAUCGCGCAGAGCCCGCACCUCCACUUCGACCGCUUCCUGGUGGCCCCCGGGGAGGACCUGCGUCACGUGGAGGACAGCUCCAUGGACACCGUGGUCUGCACCCUGGUCCUGUGCUCCGUGCAGAACCAGGACGCGUUCUUGAAGGAGGUGCGCCGAGUGCUGAGGCCGGGAGGAGCGUUCUAUUUCAUGGAGCACGUGGCCGCUGCGCCUUCCACCUGGAAUUUCUUCUGGCAGCAAGUUCUCCACCCAACAUGGUUUGUCCUGUUCGAUGGCUGCCACUUGACCAGAGAGAGCUGGAAAGCCCUCGAACAGGCCGGCUUCUCCAAGCUCCACCUCCAGCACCUGCAGGCGCCCCUCUCUUGGAAAAUAGUCCAGCCUCAUAUCCUGGGAUAUGCUAUAAAAUGAUUGGGGGGGCGGGGGGAGUUUCUGUGUCCUUGGAAGAGCCGACACUAUUCUCUAUCGCACACUGAAAGAAGGGGAGGGCCAAAUGGGGAAAGAUGCUCUCGUGUAUUCUUGGGGGGAGGGGGGGGGAGGACAGAAUAGAUGAAUAAAAAUACAAUCCAACUCAGCUAUCCAGAAUGACUAGGAAAUGUUCAUUGUGGAAAAUACGGGUCAUCUCAAAAUUACAUUUCAUGGGGGCAUCUAGGUGGCUCAGUGGUUAGAGAGCCAGGCACCUGGAGACAGGAAGUCCUAGGUUCAAAACAAAUGCUUCUGGCUAUGUGACCCUGGACAAGUCACUGAACCCCCAUUGCCCAGCCCUUACCACUCUUCUGCCUUGGAACCAAUAUUUUGUAAUGAUUCUUAAAAAAAAUUUUUUUUAAUCACAUUUUGAUUUAUAUAUAUCUAUAUAAAUCACAAAUUGAAAUUUUUCAACAGCAUCACAUAUUUGAGUUGUUAACAAAGAGUGAAGUCGGAUGAACCUGACCUCCUGCUCAUGUUAUGGUUGCUAAAAAAAUUCAGAUUUCCAAGUAAUGCCCAAUGAAAUUGCACAGGGGCUGCAGGAAGGGGGAAAGGGAAGGGAGGGAAAUAAUGUGAUUAUUGUAACCAAAGAAUAAUGUUCUAAAUUGACUAAAUUAAUUUUUUUUUAAAAAGUUCAAAUUUGGGCAGUAGAAAGGAAAGGAAGAAGCUAAUUUUAUAUUCUAUGGAAGUCCUUAAUGACUGAUCUGGGAAACAACAAAUUCUGAAAAAAGAGAUGAACCCAAUUCGGUGGCAGCAAGAGAGCUUUUGGAGCCUGGUACUCCGGGUGCCAUGACUGGGUGCGCUGACAGAUCUGUUCCACCAUUCACCUUCCCCUGGGCUUAAGUACUCCUGGCCACCCACGGCUACCACUGGCCUCGGCACACAGAAACACUCGGGAUACGGUCAGUCCUGAUAACCACACCUUGAGCAGCACCACAUCACAGUUGCUUCCGAGCCCUGGAUUUGGCGUUGGCAGACCCCGGUCUGGUUCCUGCCUCUGCGUGAUCCUGGGCACGUUCUGUAGCCUCGCUGGGACUUCCUUUUUUCUCAUCUAUAAAAUGAGUAGGUUAGCCUCGAAGGUCUCUUUCAGCUUUAAAUCGAAGAACCCCAAAGAUUAUAAAUUAUCAUGAUUAUAAAAUGUCGGAUGGACAUGUUUUUAUUUGAUCUCACAACAAACCCGAGAGAUAGAUAAUUAUCCUCCUUUGAUAAGUGGGGACCCCGGGGUUCAGGGAACUCUGUCCAAUGGCUCGUCAUCCCGACAGAGAGACGCACGUUUGCUUCUGAUGCAGAUCCGAGUCAGGAUGUGAUCUCGAGUCCUCCGACUCUGUCCAGCUCAACUGUUGUUCCCCUGGUGUCCCUUCCAUUCCCGCCAUAAGCGAGGGUACCCACUGGGGUUAUUAAUACCCGAAUCAGUCCAGCUACCAAAGAAACAAGGUGUCGGAACUACACUCAGGUGGUGGAUGGGGGAGGCUGUUUUAUCUGGAUGGUUCUCACCAGAGCGCUGCGCAAGGCAGCUGUGAGAAGUGGUUCUCCCUUUGGAAGAUUCUGCGUGCAAUCAAUUUGGUGUCUGUCCUAGGAGGGUCUUAGCAAAGGGAACUUUUAAAAAAAUCAAAUUCCUGUUCUUUUUUGGAAAUCAGAUUAAAUGAGAUACUAGAGCUUUAUUAA